CAUAAUUCUUGUGUUUAUACUGUCAUCCAGUCAAAAAUGGCGGACACCAGUAACAGUACCUCACAAUCAUCUGGAUUUACAGAUAAAUUAAAAUCAUGGCUUUCCUGGUCAUGGACGUACAUAUGGGCUAUUUGGUUCGCCAUGGUCUUAGUUCUGAUCUACGUGCUGCGGAGCCCACUGAAGCUCCAGGAAACUCUUGCCACAGCUUCUGUCUUCCUGAACACACUGACGCCUAAAUUCUAUGUGGCACUCACUGGGACCUCGUCGCUUAUUUCUGGCCUCAUUUUGAUAUUUGAAUGGUGGUACUUCCGGAAGUACGGUACUUCAUUCAUUGAACAAGUGUCUGUAAGUCACUUGCGCCCUCUGCUGGGUGGUGUGGAGAACAGUAGUUCAGCCGGUCUGUUCUCCUCUGUGAAUGGAGACGCGGAACCAAGACCCAGCGUGUCGGAAUGCAAAGUGUGGAGGAACCCAUUAAAUUUAUUCAGAGGAUCAGAGUACAGCAGGUAUACCUGGGUGACAGGAAAGGAGCCGCUGACGUAUUACGACAUGAACCUGUCGGCACAGGACCACCAGACCUUCUUCACCUGCGACACGCAGCAGCUCAAGCCAGAGGACGCUGUGAUGCAGAAGGCGUGGAGGGAGAGGAACCCACAGGCGCGGAUCAAAGCUGCGUAUCAGGCCAUUGAGCUGAACAACGAGUGUGCCACAGCGUACGUUCUCCUGGCCGAGGAGGAAGCCACCACCAUCACAGAGGCCGAGAGGCUCUUCAGACAGGCUCUGAGGAGCGCCGGCAAGGACACCAACGUGCUGGUGUACAUCAAGCGCAGAUUAGCCAUGUGCGCUCGCAAGCUGGGGCGGGUCAAAGAGGCCGUGAAGAUGAUGAGAGACUUAAUGAAGGAAUUCCCGCUCCUGGGAAUGUUAAAUAUUCACGAAAACCUGCUGGAAGCCCUCUUAGAGAUGCAGGCGUACGCGGACGUGCAGGCGGUGCUGGCCAAAUAUGACGAUAUAAGCCUGCCGAAGUCUGCCACGAUAUGCUACACAUCGGCCCUGCUGAAAGCACGAGCUGUAUCAGACAAGUUCUCGCCGGAAGCGGCGUCGAGACGAGGCCUGAGCACGGCGGAGAUGAACGCGGUGGAGGCCAUCCACAGAGCGGUGGAGUUCAACCCGCAUGUGCCAAAGUAUUUAUUAGAAAUGAAGAGCCUGAUCCUGCCCCCGGAGCACAUCCUGAAGCGGGGGGACAGCGAGGCGGUGGCCUACGCCUUCUUCCACCUGCAGCACUGGAAGAGGGUGGAGGGGGCCUUAAACCUGCUGCACUGCACCUGGGAGGGAACCUUCCGGAUGAUUCCGUACCCUUUAGAAAAGGGACACCUGUUUUACCCAUAUCCUGGCUGCACAGAGACAGCAGACCGGGAGCUGCUGCCCUCGUUCCAUGAGGUGUCGGUGUACCCCAAAAAGGAGCUCCCCUUCUUCAUCCUCUUCACCGCGGGCCUCUGCUCCUUCACCGCCAUGCUGGCCAUGCUCACACACCAGUUCCCCGAGCUCAUGGGCGUCUUCGCCAAAGCCUUCUUCAGCACCCUGUUCGCCCCCCUGGGCUUCGUCAUGGACAAGAUGGAGAGCUUCAUGCCGUCCAGUUUCUGGCAUCAGCUGACUCGAAUCUGACCCCCCCCCCCAAGCCCCCUACCACCUCCACCCCAGUGCAUUCUGGGACCUCCGCCUGCCCUCGGAUCGAUGACGGGUUGCCACUUCUGUCUUCCCCCGAGUGAUACUGCACCCGGCGCUGCCCCAACACCACAUAAACACAUGAACCCAAAUGUACCCAAACACACCCAUGUCCCGCCAUCCCGCCAGCAACAACACAGGCCUUCUCCAGACAGGACAGGCACUUUUUGUUGUGUCAGAUUUUAAGGCAGAUUUAAAAUAUCAGGGGUAAAUCUUUUCUUUUUAAAAAAGCAGACAUUGCAAUUGAAUUGCAUCCGGAGACCCUAGAGAAAAUCGCGCAACUAGCAAAGACGUUUUAGCGCACUUUGGAGCAUGUGCAUUCGAAGUGUGAACAAACUAGCAAACUAAUGGUCCUCCGGCAGUUUGGAUUGGCUUGACGUCGCGUCAGCGUGGGAAUCGGGCUGGAAUGACGAUGUCGCUUCCGGUCGUGACGCAGGCCAAGAGGGCGGUGCGGCAGCAGCGGUGUGCAGGAGGCGUGAGCGAGCGCUGCCGUACCCACAGCGGUGCGGGAGGAGCAGAUAGCCACACGCGCGCUCUGAAUCUGCACGUCUCCAGCGCGGGUAGCGUGAGCGCGGGCGGCGUAGCGAGGCUUUGUGAGCCGGAGACGUCGUAGCUUUCAGCAGCCAGCGUAUAAUAGGAAGGAGGGCUGCGUACGGGGCCUCUGGAUGCCCUGCGUACUCCGUAUGCAGAGAAAAGCACCGAGUCAGGAGGAUAGUGGGAGACUGCUGGUGGGGAUUGAGGGUGUGUGUGCGUGUGAGAGUGUGUGCAUGUGUGUGUGCAUGAGUGUCUGUGUGAGAGUGUGCCUGCGUAUGUGUGUGUGUGUCUGUGUGUGUGGCAUCUCUCCUGUGUGCCUAUGUGUAUGUGUGUGUGUGUGUGUGUUUGAGUGUGUGUGUGGCCUCUCUCCUGUGUUUGUGUGAGUGUGUGUGCGUGAGUCAGGUUGGCUUCUGUCUUUCAUGCCUCCCCUGUUGCUGCGGCGACAGUCAGUGUCUCCCUCCUCUUCCUCUCCACCCCUCCGUUCCGUACCUGUGUCCUUCCUGCCGCCGCUGGGCCCCUGGCCUUGCGCAGAGAGCCGUGCAGAGUCCUGCUCUUAACUCACGCCGCCCGUGCUGUAGCGGGAGAAGAAGCGGCGCUGGUCUCUCCUGCAGGGCCCGCCCGGGGCCCGGACGAAGGGGCCGUGCUUUUCAGCGGGACGAGGCGGAAUGGCUGCCCCACCGAUUCGCCCCGGGCCCUUAUUCAUGGGGCGCACCGGGCCCUUAAUCAUGGGGUCGCUACCCACCCGCCGUUAGCUUCGUGAGUCCUGAGAAAAACACUGCUGAUUUACAGCCUCCCCUGCAGGCCCAGUGUAUAUACUGCUGUGUGUGUGUGUGUGUGUGUGUGUAUACUGCUGUGUGUGUGUGUGUGUGUGUGUGUGUAUACUGCUGUGUGUGUGUGUGUGUGUGUGUGUAUACUGCUGUGUGUGUGUGUGUGUGUGUGUGUGUGUAUACUGCUGUGUGUGUGUGUUUGUGUGUGUGUGUAUACUGCUGUGUGUGUGUGUGUGUGUGUAUACUGCUGUGUGUGUGUGUACACUGCUGUGUGUGUGUGUGUACACUGCUGUGUGUGUGUGUGUGUACACUGCUGUGUGCGUGUGUGUGUGUACACUGCUGUGUGUGUGUGUGUGUAUAUACACUGCUGUGUGUGUGUGUGUGUGUGUGUGUAUAUACUGCUUUGUGUGUGUGUGUACAUACACUGCUGUGUGUGUGCGUGUGUAUAUAGACUGCUGUGUGUGUGCGCGUGUAUAUACACUGCUGUGUGUGCAUGUCUGUGUGUGUGUGUGCAUGGGUGUGUAUCUGUGCAUGCGCUUGUGUGUGUGUGUGUGUGUGUGUGCAUGUAUGUGUGUCGGUAUGUGUAUGUGUGUCCGUGCGUGCAUGUGUGUGUGUGUCUGUGUGCGUGUGCAUGUGUGCAACUGCAGCCACCCUGCGGUGCCUCUCCUUGACGUCACGGCAACCACCUGCCUGCGCUGGCAUUGCACGAGAGCGUGAUCUGUGAGAGAUCACGAAGGAGGAGAGAGCACGAGAUGCAGGAGAGAUCCCUCGUAGAGUAGGUCAUGUGAUCUCUCAGGUCAUAAGUGGUCAUAUGUGAACCUGGUGUUAGUUUGACCUCUGGAGAUGCCUCUGAGAGAUCUUAACCCUGUGAAGAGCAGCUUUUUUCAAAUGUUUUUUCAGAAUUCGAAGUCAGUGUUCUAGAACUCCGUUGCUUUGCCUGUACUGAUUGUGACAUCGACCUUCUAAUUACAUAUUUAAUCUGAUCUGUAAUCUAACUCCUUAAAGGGAUAAUAUUGCGGGAAUUUUCACUACAUGACCUUUUUUCCACAAAAAGUUUACACAAGCCAAUCACUGUAGCACAAAAGGUUUAUGAUGUCACAUGACCUGUGAAUCAUCUCUGAGACGGCCGGGGUGUCCUCAGGGGAGGUGUCCUGUCUGGAGGAGCCCAUCCGAGGAGCGGGUGACUGACAGACCGCCGGGCCGAGGUCACAUGACCACCGCAAACGGGUUUAAACAGCGUGACAGGGCUGUGGUGGGAUGAGCGUGUGAUGCGUUGCCACGACACCCACAGCCCGGAAAGGGUGCGUGCGCAUGUCGCUGAACACAGAAGUGGCAGCCUUUUGCAGUGUCCGUCGGCUCAAAAUUCUCCCAGACACCGUUUCCCAGAAGGCCGAGCGGGGGGAGUUCGUGCAAACCCAAUCUUGUUCCCGUCUGUGUUAGAUGCCAUUCUUUUAUUUUUUUUUUGGUUUUGUAAUGCCGAGGAGGCUAGUUUUAUUUUUUUUGAAAGAUAUUGUUUGCUUGGCAGCUCAAAGUAAAUGUUUUUAAACAGCA